AGCAUCAGUUCAAUUCAGUCGACAAGACAACACAGACCUAAACCAACAAAAUCAAAAUGUUCAAAUUGGUGGUGUUGUCCGCUCUCUUGGCCGUAGCCUCCGCCGGCGUAAUUGCCCCAGUGUCAUACGCUCACUACGCUGCCCCAGCCGUAUCCGUCCCAACUGCCGUCAGCUACCAAUCCAGGACCGAUGUGCACAGCAAGCCUGUUGUGGCCGCCGUUGCCGCCCCAGUCGCUGCCGUUGCCGCCCCAGUUGCCGCCUACGCUGCCGCCCCAGUUGCCACCUAUGCUGCCGCUCCCGCUGUUGCCUACUCUGCCCCAGCUGUUGCCUACUCUGCUCCAGCUGUCUCUGUCCCAACCGCCGUCAGCUAUCAGUCCAGGACUGAUGUGCACAGCAAGCCAGUCGUCGCCGCUUAUGCUGCCCCCGCCGUAGCUGCUUAUGCCGCUCCCGCUGUUGCCGCCUAUGCUGCUCCAGCUGUUGCUGCUUAUUCCGCUCCAAUCUCUGCUGCGUACGCCGCCCCAGCUUACGGUUACGGAUAUGGUUACAACGCGUGGUAUGGAUUAGAGCAUGAAAUACCAAGUCAAUUAUUCCAAGGCCCAAUGUUAAUUGAACGAAAUGAUGAAACGAUCGGUAAAGAUAUGCGUGCAGCCGAGGCGUAUGCCACAGCCACGCAGCAAAGUAUAAAUACGAACAGCGAGUGCCCGAAGAGCAUUAGUCAGCUAUCAGCAAUCCAACAACACAAAUUCACCCGGCAAAAUAAAUCAGUAAAAAUGUUCAAGUUGGCCGUAUUCGUAGCAAUGGUGGUCGUUUGCCAGGCUGCUCCCAAACCUGGUUUUCUUCAUCACGACUUUGCUUAUCCAGUGGCAACAAGUCACAGCUCCAGGAUUGACAUUCAUAGCAAGCCGAUUGUGGUCGCUGCCGCUCCAGCCAUUGUCCAUGCGCCCAUCAUUCAUGCACCCAUCGUGAAGGCGUACGCCCCAAUUGUGAAAACUAUCAUCCCUGCGGCAGUGUCCCACAGCUCCAGAUAUGAUGUGCAUUCAGCUCCUCUUGUCUCCUACGGUCAUGGUUAUGGACAUGGAUACUAUGGUCAUGGUUUGGGAUACGGACAUGGUUACGGACUUGGAUAUGGCCAUCAUGGACUUUAUGGUCAUUACGGACAUUAUUUUUCGUCGGUAAGAGCAUUCAGUUCUCGUCUCUUCGACAACACAGACCUCAAGCAACAAAUUAAAAUGUUCAAGUUGGUGGUGUUGUUCGCUCUGAUGGCCGUUGCCGCCGCCGCCCCAGGCUACCUCCAUGCCCCAUUGGCCUACAGCGCCGCUGUUGUUGGUAGCGUGCCCACUUCCGUGAGCCACCAAAGCAGCUCUGUCGUCCACAGCGCCGCUCUUGCAGCUCCAGUUGUACACGCCGCCGUUGCCGCGCCCGUUGUUCAUGCUGCCUACGCUGCUCCAGUCGUCCAUGCUGCCCCAGCUGUUGCCGCUUACGGCUACGGACUUCACGGCUACGGCUACGGUUACCACGGCCUUUACUAAAUUAGAUUUCGAUAAAGCUUAAUCAUUAUGGCAAUUUGUUAAAAAUUGGGCAAAAUGUACAAAAAAAUUACUGUGAAAAUAUAUUAAAAUUAUAAUAUUUCGGACUGAA